AGGAAAUGGGCGUGCCAUCAUUUUACCGAUGGUUAGUGGAAAAAUAUCCCAAAAUCGUUUGUGAUGCUGGUGAAUCAUCAUCAUCACAAAUGGCGCCAAAGCCCAACGCAAUGGAGUUCGAUAAUUUUUAUCUGGACAUGAAUGGGAUUAUCCACCCUUGCUUUCACCCUCAAGAUAAUCUUUUUGGUCCGACGACAUUUGAACAAGUGUUCGGCAACAUUUACGAGUAUAUCGAUCGUCUUUUCAACAUCGUUAGACCACGAAAGUUGUUGUUCCUGGCUAUUGAUGGUGUAGCUCCCCGGGCCAAGAUGAAUCAACAAAGGGCCCGUCGUUUUAAAACCUCAAAGGAUAUCCAGUUAGCUGAAGAAAUGGAAGAUAAACUGAGGAAACAGUUUGAAAGGGAAGGAAAAUCAGUUAUUCCUAAAGAAGAAUCACAAGUUGCCGAUUCUAAUGUUAUUACACCCGGAACAGAGUUCAUGCACAUGCUUUCGAACAAGCUUCAAAGCUAUAUCAGCCUUAGGAUGAGCAAAGACUCGUCUUGGGCAAAUAUUAAGGUUAUAUUGUCAGAUGAUAGUGUGCCUGGUGAGGGGGAGCACAAAAUCAUGUCUUUUAUUCUAGCUCAACGUUCAUCACCUGGUUAUGAUCCAAAUACUCGUCAUUGCCUAUAUGGACAGGAUGCCGAUUUGAUAAUGCUUGGCCUGGCCACGCAUGAAAUCCACUUUUCUAUUCUCAGAGAGGAAGUUUUAUCUUCCGAAAAUCAACUUAGAACUGUGACUACUCUGGAAUCGAGCAUAGGUAGGGCGGAUAUUGGUCCCAAAAACUCGAGGGGAUGGUUUAAGGAGCAUCUGUGGCAAAAAUCAUGCUCCGAGCCAAUUAUUGAGUUGAAGAAUCUGGAUUUAUCGAAAAAAGUUCCUUGGAAAAUCCAAAAAAAGAUACCUUAUCAGUUUUUGAAUUUGUGGGUGCUGAGGGAGUACUUGGAGUUGGACUUGAGAAUUUCUGAAGUAGAUAAUUUCGUAUAUGAUAUCGAAAGAGUAAUCGACGAUUUUAUCUUUAUUUGCUUCUUUGCUGGAAAUGACUUCUUACCUCACAUACCAAGCCUCGAAAUACAUGAGGGUUGUAUGGACCUACUAAUGCAUGUCUACAAGAAAGAAAUUCAUAAUUUGGGAGGUUAUUUGGUCGACAUGCAAAAGGUUGAUAAUAAAAAAGGCAGGUACGUGAAGUUUAAAAGAGUUGAGAGGUUUAUACUUAUGGUGGGUGCUUAUGAGGAAAAAAUAUUCAGCAAAAGGUAUCAGAUUAAAGAGAGAAAAUUGAGGAGGAUUCUCGCAGAGUUCCGAGAUGCAAAAGAAUGCGAAAAGAAAGAUAUAGAUGAGGGCAGAGUUUCAGAUAUAGUUUAUUCUUAUGGUGCUCAUGAGGAAUUGAAAGUGUCUGUUUCAUCUGUUGAUUUUGAGACGGUUUUGAGCAACACUAAAGAGCUAAAGCAGAAGUUGAAAGACUAUCUUCGAAACCAGUCCGAUUUGUUCAAAGAUGGCGGAGUUGGAACCGAUAAGGUGAAAUUUGGCACACCUGGCUGGAAGGAAAGGUAUUACAAAGAAAAGUUUUCUGCUGAAACCACACAGGAAAUUGAAUUAAUCAGAAGAAAUGUGGCUGCGAAAUAUGGCGAGGGGCUUUGCUGGGUUCUGCUGUACUAUUUUUGUGGAGUUCCCUCAUGGACUUGGUUUUAUCCAUACCAUUAUGGUCCUUUGGCAUCUGACCUGAAAGGAUUAUCUCAAACAAAUGUGAGGUUUCAGAAAGGUUUGCCUUUCAAGCCAUUUGACCAGCUGAUGGCGGUACUUCCCCCUAAGAGUGUUCAUGCAUUACCAUCAGCCUACAAGGGGCUUAUGACCGAUGAGAACUCGAAUAUAAUUGACUUCUAUCCAUCUGAAUUUGAGACGGACUUGGAUGGGAAGAGAUUUGCAUGGCAGGGCAUUUGCAAACUCCCGUUUAUCGAGGAAGAACGUCUACUCAGAGAGACAAGGAAGCUCGAGAAUGAUCUUAAGGAAGAUGAGAACAUAAGAAAUUUGCAGUCACUCGAUCGGUUGUUUGUGAGGCGCUCGAGUGAAGAUAUUCGACUCAUCUUGCACGGAGGAAUUAGAGUGGCCUCGGAUAAAAUUAAGGAUGCAGUAAUGAUGGAUUUUGCUAAUAACGAGGGCAUUAACGGUAUUGUACAUGUGAAGUCAGAGGACCUCAUCGGAGCUGAUGAUGAUACUAGCAAUGUGGACCAAUCAAAAAACAAUUUAUGUGUGUUCUAUGAGGUUGAUCAAGCGGUUCGGCACAUUCCAAGGCCUCUCGAAAAUGUAAACAUCCCAGAGAAGAUAGUAUACGAGGAGGACAUAACCGAAACUACUUUAUGGCACGAAUCCACUUACAAUAACCGGCUUCAGAAUCGGAGACCAGUGGUAAAUAAUGAACCUAAAUCGAGUCUCGGUUCACAAAAUUUUCAUGUUCCCACAGGUCGUGGGUUCAGUGUAGGUCGAGGCAGAGCAUAUGCAGAAAGCCGCAACUAUUUAAACAGUGGGCCCGUUGGUCAAAUGGGUUCAGGCUCGGGUUCAGGUUCGGGUUUUGUUGGUAGUGUUCAUCAGCCUUGUGUUGGCAAAUAUGGACUUGAUGGGAGAUCAAAGCCCACAGGUUUUGGCCCAAAUCCAAUACGGUCUGAGUCGGGCCUCGGCAGUGCAUGCGAAGAUUGGAGGGUAAAAAGGACUUUUGGAGGUAAUCCUGGUGCUAAUUGGCAGCAGCGGAGUGGGCCGGUCCCAAAUAGGAAUACGAAUACAGGUGGGCUUUGGUCAUCUGGUCGUGGGAGUGUGUCUGAGGAUUGGAGAGUGAAGGGUGAUCCUGGCACUAGCUGGCAGCAGAGAAGGGGCCCGGGUCCGGGUCUGGGCCUGGGCCCGAAUAAUACAAGCGCGGGCCGUGGUGGUCGAGGAGGGAGGGGUUGUUUUUCUGCAAGAAACUGAAAAUCCGGAUGUUUUGUGGGCUUGUACAAUUUUUGUCUCCUUUUUUGUGUUCGAUUUGGAUGUGUACUAAAACUAGAACAACACGGGGCCAUACUCUUUUGGUGUAGCAUUAUUGAAUAGGUG